UCUACAUAAACAGGAAAAAGACGCCCCGCAGGCAGCUACUUGGAGGGUGUUGAUCGAAAACUUCCAUCUCCCCACCCCAUUGACUGAUUUCUCACCUCGUUCACAGAGAAUAUUUCAAUUAAGGUCCCUUUAGAUGGAAUGUAAUACAGCAGAAACCUUUUCAUCAAAAGGAUUAAUGCCUGCAUUAUCAUUUCUUCAAUAAGUCAGAAAAGUUAAGUGGUGGAGGCCACAGACACCUCAAACCUGGAUUCCACAAUUCCACUUUAAGUGCUGGAGUUUUUAUUACCCUGCUGUAGGAAAGCCUUUGCCAAUGCUUACAAGGAACUGUUUAUCCCUGCUUCUCUGGGUCCUGUUUGAUGGAGGUCUCCUAACACCACUUCAACCACAGCCACAACAGACUUUAGUCACAGAACCAACAGAAAAUGUUAUCCACCUGCCAGGGCGGAGAUCACAUUUCCAGCGAGUUAAACGUGGCUGGGUAUGGAAUCAAUUUUUUGUGCUGGAAGAAUACAUGGGCUCCGAACCUCAGUAUGUGGGAAAGCUCCAUUCUGACUUAGAUAAAGGAGAGGGCACUGUUAAAUACACCCUCUCAGGGGACGGCGCUGGCACCGUUUUUACCAUUGAUGAAACUACAGGGGACAUUCAUGCAAUAAGGAGCCUGGAUAGAGAAGAGAAACCUUUCUACACACUUCGUGCUCAGGCUGUGGACAUAGAAACCAGGAAGCCCCUGGAGCCUGAAUCAGAAUUCAUCAUCAAAGUACAGGAUAUUAAUGAUAAUGAGCCAAAGUUCUUGGAUGGACCUUACGUUGCUAGUGUCCCAGAAAUGUCUCCUGUGGAUGCCUUCACAGUGCUACAGAAAGCUUCUGCGAGUCCUACAACCAUCCCAGACAUGCAGAGCCCUUACCGAGGGCAGAAGCAG